CUCUCUCUCUCUCUGUAGCUCACACACAUCCCCAUCACAUCCACACCCACACCCAAGGAUACCCUCCCUGCCUCUCUGCCUCCGUCUCUCUCACGCCAGCCCUUUUCCUCUUCCACCCCUCCAACUACAUUUUUUUUUUGUAAAUUUCCUCCAGGGAGGAGAUGCUCAUCUGACCUCACCCCCCCCUCCCUUUUUUUUUCCUCCCCAAAUUCAAGACCUUUGUGGAUGGUCUCCUCUUUUAAUCCGUCCCUGCUCUGCUACUUUGUUGCUACCUGUGGAGGUUUCCACCUCCCCCUCCCCCCGACGGGUUUUCAGCCCCGCAGUGAGGCACCAUGCUGGGAUUGGACGUGUGUGAGUUUGGGGGUCAGGUGCUGGAGCUGCUGUGGUUAACCAUGUGCUACAAAGGUCUCAUGGCUGACAAGAAGGAUGUGCGUAUUGAGGAGGAAGAGGAUGACAGAAACCUAAACUACAUCGCUCCGGUCCAGAAGAGUUUGGAUGAGAUUCGGCAACUGGACAAAGAUGACGAGAGUCUGGUCAAGUACAAGCAAACCCUGCUGGGGAUGGAAACAAUGCCAGCAGACCCCGCUGUGGCUAAUGUCCAGAUGACCAGACUGACCCUGCUGUGUGAUGAGGCUCCUGAACCAAUCACCAUGGACCUGACAGGAGACCUGAGCGCUCUGAAGGAGAAGACCCUCUCCCUAAAGGAAGGCGUGACGUACAGACUGAAGAUGCACUUCAAGGUGAACAGAGAAAUCGUUGCUGGGUUGCGGUACCAUCAUGUGACCUCCAGAAAAGGAAUAACGGUGGAGAAGGUGUCGCACAUGGUGGGAAGUUACUGCCCAAAGGAGGAGGAGCACGAGGUUCUCUGCCCGGUUGACGAGGUCCCCAGAGGCAUGAUGUCACGCGGCCACUAUCAGGUCAAAUCCCACUUCACCGACGACGACAAGAACACCUUGUUGGACUGGGAGUGGAACUUCGACCUCAACAAGGACUGGAAUGAAUAGAGUGAGAGAGAGAUGAUGCUGCUCUUCCCGUCUUUCACUCCUGCUCUCCCCCUCCUCUCUUUUCCUUCCCCUUUUCACCCUCCUCCAUCUUGUCCUGUGAGAGCAGCCUCGCAAUGGUCCCGAGACAGGAGGCUCUACUUCCCCUCCUCUUCUUCCUCGGUCUCCUCUUCUACCUUUUCUUCCUUGUCUGUUCGGUGCAGGUGUCCUGACGGGAACUUUUAGAGAAAAGAAUCCCCCCCUCUCUCUGCCUUCUCUCACUGCAUUUAUAUUCUUCUUCCAGAUUAUUCUACAUCUGUAGAUCUGUGGUCUGCAAAAGCAGGCAAUUAAAGGAAGUCAGUUUGUGGCACAAAUGGAAAUACAAUAUAUAGGCCUACACACAUUACAUAAUGACAAACACUCAAUAUCUGUCACACAGACGUCCCCAAAGAGAAGAGAGGAAAUAUGUAAAUACUGUGCAUUUGGAUGUUCAAUAGGAAUUAUUCCAGUACUAUACCAAUAAUAGUUGAAGGAAUGGUGACAUGUGGCAAAGCUGAUGUGUGACAUGCAGCUCAUGAAGGCCUCAAAACCUCGAGGGAACAAACAUGAUCCACGUUAGUACGCAGACGCAAGAUCGGUUUCACACAUUGCAGCGAUUGUGUCAUGAAAAAAUAUUUACACAACGCGAGCGUGAAGCUGAACAUUUUGUAUGCAUCGACAUAUUUAGUUAUGCAACUGAAAACACAUUCCACCACAGAAGCUAGCUUCUUUGGGUUUUUUUUUACCUCCGUGAUCUUGGAAUCACUCUGAUUAGCUCCAUGUCGCCCCCUUGAGGACGGCGGUCUGUUCAGUUACUGGUGUGUAAAAACAAACGCUGAUUAUGUUCACCAGGGUCGCGUUAUCGUGCCGGCUGUGCCAGGCGUUGUCAUUUACGUGCAUGUACUUGCGUGGAUCAUAUUUGUGCCCUUGAUAGCACCUGGUUGUCACAAAUUGCGUCAAAAUGCAUGCAUAACCCAUAAGUCUCUCAGACAUAAUUAACGUAUUUUUAGAUUCAGUGUGACUUAUAGGAUCCCGGGGACAUCAUUGUCUCUGAUGUCCAUCGCAAAAAAACAUGUACAUCUACAAAAAAAACAUUGCCUCAGAAUCACCAUGUGUAUUUUAAGUUUUCUUCAGUAUCAAAGUAAUCCAGUGACAGAUGCAUGUACAGCCUUCGGUACACUGCAAACAGGAACUGCUAGGAGCUAAUACUGCAUUUUCAAUGGUGUGCCAAAAUGUACACAAAUAUAGGCUAAAAAUAGAUCAAUGGCAACAUUGCAAUUCCAGUUUACAUCCCCCAAGGGUUUAUAUAUGUUUUGAUUAUUGUAUUUCUAAAACUUAGAGCAAAACUAUCCCCAAAAUAGAAAUUAAAUAGGGGUGGCAAAAUCCAGUUUGAAACCCCUGUCUAGAAUAUUUGUUCAAGAAAAGAAGAUGCCGUUGGAGAUUGUAUUACUUUCUCAAGGUGUCGGUUAACUCCUGUAUUUUCUUCAUAUAUUUCUUUAGGUAAAGGAUGUCUUAGGGUAUCGAUUGAUUGAUCUGUGGAUUGAUUAAGGGAAGACGUUCAACAAUUUACCAUAAUGACUUCUCUUCAAUUCCAUGGUUUCAUGAUUCAAACUAUCAAAUCACAUACCCACAAAUAUCAUUUCUCAUUACAAACUUGAAGAAGAAAAAACUGAGUGAUAAUCCACACCAUCAAUUCAAUUCAUACAACAAGAUUACGCUCUAACUGUCCAAAUAUUGUCUUUUCAAAUCAUGAAUAAACUCUGAUACGGUGCACAACAUGCAUCUAUACUUUAACAUUGCUGUGUGCUUUGAAAGCAGCAGUUUUCUCAAGUCUUUGUGGAGCGUUUUGAAAGACUGUAACUGAACUGUGCAUAUUGUAGAAAGAGAUGCAUGUAUGUCCUUUAAUAAUUUCAUACAAUUCAUUCAUUAAAAAUGAACAAAGUGUGCCCUUUCUGAACUUCUCUCAUAUACCAAGGACACAAGAUGUGAAUAUAAUUCUGCUUUGAGCAUUAUUUAAACAUUUUAAGAUGGUAUCUGAAAGAAUACUGAGACGUAUAUCAAGGGAUGAAUUAAAUCCCCUUAAAAAUUAAGAAAUAUCAUUAUUGUGUUAAGUCUUUGGAUAUGAUAUUGUCAUUGUUGCUGAACAUAUUGAACAUUGAACUUGAAAUCGUUGUGAUCUAAGACUAACUGUAAAUGUUGGCUUGUUGGGUGUUGCAUGGUUUAGCAAGAUUCUCUUCCUUUUUUACGACUUUAUUGUAAAAUUGAAUGUGAUUUAAAAAAAAAAAAAAAAAAAAGAUACUGACGCAAUAUCCAGAUGUCAAUGGUUGCCGUGUACUGCAGAUACAGUAUCUACAGGGAUAUUUUUAAAGGCACAGGCAGCUGGAAACAUUUGUCUGUGUUCAAUGCCUGUAACGAUCAAGUGCUGCAUCGUCAAAUAUUGGUGUCAAAUCUAGUAUCCUGUAUCUUUUAAUAAAGGCAAUUCAAACCACCA